UAUCCAGAGCUGUAAAACAUAUAAAUAAAAAAAAAAUAGUCUUUGGGCUUUAUUUACCUUCAUUUUCAUAUAUAAUCUUUCUACUUCUGCUAUUUAUACUACUAUUUACUUAAUUACUGAACGAAUUACUAAUUUAUAAUUAUGGCAAAUAAUAAACAAUAUGGACUAAUCUUGCCAGAGAAAGUAAAAAAACAGCCUGUGUUCCAAGCUACACGUAAUGUUUUUGGAGAUGAUUCGGAAUCUGAUGAGGAAAAUAAUAAGAAACCAAUACUGCUACGGCCAAGUUAUAACAUUAACAGACAGGCAAAAAUUACUCAGCAAAAUGCAUUGAUGGAAGAUCCAACUGUUUACCAGUAUGAUGAAGUAUAUGACUCCAUGUCAAAUCAGAAAGAAGAGAAAAAAGCAAAAGUGAAGGAAGAAAAGAAGCCACGUUACAUAGAAAAUUUAAUAAAAUCAGCUAAUAAAAGAAAAAUUGAAAAUGAGAGGCGUAUUGAAAGACAGAUUCAAAAAGAAAGGGAAAUGGAAGGAGAUGAAUUUGCAGAUAAAGAAGUGUUUGUGACAUCAGCUUAUAAGAAAAAGUUAGAAGAAUUGAAUUUAGAAGAAGAAAGGGAAAAACGUGAAGAAUAUCUAGAAAGUAUAGGAGACGUGACUAAACAAAAAGACUUAGGUGGUUUUUAUCGACAUUUGUAUGAACAAAAGUUAGGAAGUGACAAAAGUUUAGAAGACAAUACGAUUGAAAAUGUAGAACCUACGAUGGAAAAUGUUAAUAAGAAAAAGAUUACGCAAGAUGCUUUACAAGACAAAUCGACAUCGGAUAUAUCAGAAUUAUCAAGAAAAAGGAAUUAUAGGAAACGAAGAUCAUCGGAUAAUAUGAUACAGCUUUCAGAAGGAGAAAUUGAUGAUUCAGGAGAUGAAAUAAACCGCAUAAAUCUUAAUGAUAUAAGAAUGGCAAAGAAAUCCAAACAGAAAGAAGAAAAUAUAGAUGCUGAUUCUGAUUUUUCAAUAGAUGAGUCAAGUGAUGAAGAAAAAGAUAGGGAUGAACAGAAAGGCCCAAAAAAAAUGCUUGAAGAUGAGGUCUUUAAAAAGCCAAUUCCACAAAAAAAUGAUAAUCGGACUGAAGCUAAGACAAUGACUAAGAAUUCGGAAGAAUCAAAGUUAGUAAAAAGUGAUGAACCUCAAGAAAAUAAUCAACCAAAAAUUGAUAUUUGGAAAAAGCGAACUGUUGGAGAAGUAUUUGACCAGGCAUUGAAAAGAUAUUAUGAAAGAAAAGCUUCUAGAGGUUUUUAACAACAUAUCUGAAUAUACUGUUAAAUUAUAAACUUUAGUAAUAAAAUGCCGCUGCGUGAAUGUA